AUAUCGAUACUGUCGUGGGUGUCUCACUGUAUGCGUGUGUAUAUCUGGCAUCGCAGCGAAAAAAAUAAAUAAUAAUAAACAAUUGCCACAAAAAUUGUUGUUCCUGGGAAUCACGUUUCAAAGUGUCGAGUUCCGAACCCACCGACGCAACCAUGACCGCCUACUACAGCCAUUACGCGGCGGACAACUACGACGACGAGUCGAUAGGCGACGAGCGCAGCGAAGAAGACACGGACGACGCCAGCGAGACGGAGUUCCGCAGCCCCAGCCGCUACGGCGGCACGAAUGGCACCUCCAACAGCAACAGCAUGGGCACCAACAGCGAACUGAAGGAGCAAAUGUACCAGCACAAGCUGCUGAACCUGCAGAAGCAGAUGGAGGAACUGGGCCAACUGGUGCACCCGGAGUACAUAAAGCGCGUAAAGAAGCUGGACAACCAGCUAAAAGAACGCCGACGGCUGAACGAGAUCUACAAGGAGUACAUGCGCGAGUGCGUCGAACGGGACUAUGUGCUGGAGAAGAUGGCCGCCCAGAAGGAGUACGACGAAAAGAUGAUGGACCUCAAAGACAACCUGAUCUCAGAUUUCGAGGACCGCAAGCGUCAGAUUGAAAACGAGCGUUACAGCCUCGAGCUGACUAACGAUUCCAUGGAGAUCAAGACGACGGUCACGCGCAAGCUGCGUCGUCGCCCCAAUGAACCGCUUCCGGUGAUCGAAAAGCGACGCAAGCCGGCCACCGGACAGCUACUCGUCUACCAGCUGGAUGACAAGGAGAUCGAGUCGGACCUGAAGAUCAUCCAGCGCGGCAGACCUAAUCCAGUUCCCCAGCAGAACGGUAGCGGCUCCUACGGCAGUGGCUCCCAGCAGCAACAAUCGAUGCACGUCCUGGCCGAACCGACUUCCAACAGCGGCCUGGUGGAGACCCGCAUCGAGGACAACAAGCUGCUGUACGAGCGAAGGUGGUUCUGCCGCGGCCAGCAGGUCUAUGUGGAGGGCAAGGAGAUGAGCAAAUUUGCGGCCACUAUUACCGCUAUUGGCAACGAGGUGGUUUGGGUGAAGCGCACCAACGAGACCAAGGUCAAGAUCAACAUGUCCCAUCUGGCCAAGGGCAAGAUCUCAAUAAAGCGCCGAUAGCUCCGACGCCGGGCCGGGCGCCUUCACAUCGCGCCCGCCCCGUUUCCUCGGCCAAGAGACGUAUUUUCAUAAAGUUAUUGGUACAGACGUAGCACUAGAUUAGGUGUACAUUUUUCUUAACGAGUAUUGCAAAUUGUAAAUAAUGAAACAACAAUUAUUUUGUAUACAAAGCGAUUUUUAUUAUUGCAAGCAAUUACUUUUCGGCGCAUUGCGGCUCAGUUGCGAAGCAAAACGUUUUUGCGGGAAUUCCAGCCUUUAAACAUUUUAAGGAAAUAUUGAAGUCUCCAUAUUACUUCAGAUUCAUUGUACAAAAGGGCAAGUGUAGCACGUAUUCCCGCUGAUCUUUUUACGGAGUACAUAACCUUACCUAUCCAAACCAGUUUGUACCAUAAGUUAAACCUAGAAUAAAAGCCAUAUGGAAAUCCGCAUAUUGAAGUAGCACUUUUAGGCCUUUAUAAGUAGGCUAAGCGAUUCGAAAUACUUUAUGGUCCAAGUAUUGUAGCACACCUACUAAGUGCGUUAACUAGUUUACUCUGAGCAGCUAGUGGUUAUUAGUUGAAAGUAACCAACGUUUAAUGGGGAAUUACAUAAACUUUGAAAUAAAAUAAGUAGGCAAAGAUAAUUGAUACAAAAAACUAAACCCUAACUUUGGGAAAAGGAAUGUUCUUGUAUUAACAGGAUUAGAAUUAACAUAAAUAUAAAUAAGAGGCUCGUGAGCAAAAGAAGGGUAUUUAAGUAAACUAGCCAUUAAACUAAUUGUCAACGUUGAGACAGCGUCAACAAAUAAAACGGAAUUAAACAAUAAAA